UUUGCCAACCGCCAAUAAAUAAUAAUAAAAAGAAGAAGAAGAAGUCCUGCUCUCGUAUUGGUUCAAUAGACGAUCUUGGGUCAUGCUGAUGUAUCUUUUGGAUUUUUAAGCUCAGCGGUGCAACAUUAGAAACUCGAAAACAAGCAGCCAAGUCGUUCGACUAGCAACAUCAACUUGAGUCAUUACAUGAGACAAAGUAGUAUUGGUGCUGAGAGUGGACAGUUUCAUUUCCUGUAAAGUGACUGAGGAUGAUAUGAUGGCUGCAGGGUAUCCCAUUCUCCUGUCAAGUCCUGAUACCUUAGUGUGAACAAUCUGGUGCAGCCACAUUUCUUCCCCCAGCAGUAUAUGAGGAAAUGACGGAAAAACACCUUCCUCCUAAUAAACCAGAGACUUAAGAUUCAGCUUGAAUUAGCCACGUAUACUUCACACCUGAAAAUAUCUAAACCUGCAGCACAACCACAAGUCAAUGUUUUCCUGCUUACCUCCAGCCCAGAUGAGAGGCCCAGACAUUUGCCAUGGCAGUAGUGGUUACUGUUGGUCUGGCUUUAGCAAGAACUGGUUAUCUGUUUAGUUGGAGUUGACCUUGAAAAUCAUCAACUUUGUGUCAGCAAGAGGAGGAGGAGGAGCUUUCAGCCAUUCAUUUAUUAGGUUUUCUCAACUGUUAAAUUGUUUACUGUGAUCACCCAAAACCAGCCUUUAGAAAUAAGGACGACAUCGCUGGAUUUUACCAUGCCAACCAACCAGUCCUCCCCCUGGGGUGGAGGGAAGCUUGUGGCUUGUGCACUGACAGAUCAUCCCAACACCACAACCUCUGUCAGUGCACAAGCCAAGACAGUUAGAGCCACAAAAGUGCCUUAUAGUUAUGUUUCCUUUGAGCUAUCCAGGAAAAAUGACCAAGCCAAGUCACCGGUGGUUGCUGUUUGUGAAAAAGGCGAUGACACCUUCACUGCUGCAUCAGAUGGAAUUCUAACCCCAAACAAACCAGGGCUGAAGCAGACUGGCCUUACAGAGACCAGUAACUCGUCCUCUGUGCCCAAGAUGGAAAACCAGGUUGGCCUUAAUGUCCAGCUGCCAGAUACCAUGCCAAAAUCUACAUUGUUUGAGAGCUCUCAGUCUGCAAACAUUUCAGCAGUGGAGAGUUAUCAGGCUGCCACAGGUGAUGCACUUAUGGGACUGGGGACAGUGUCUCAUCAAGAUCUGUUGAUCAUAGGGAAGCAGGCUUCCCAGCACACCAAGAAGCUGACGUACGAGGCUGCAGACUGUUUCUCUUUGCCACCAGUGCCUGAUAUGUGCCUUAGUCUUUGUAAACAUCAGGGGCCAGCUGUGGAGAAGGAUGCUUCCAGCCUUGACAGCACAAAAGCAGAGAGAAGAAGCACAAGAGGAGAAGCAAAACCUACACAGAGGAGUUAUUCAAUUCCACCAGCAGCAAAAUACGGUCAGACACACAACAGCAGCACAACUUCUUUUUACGUUUCUUUUGACCGUCAGCUCCUUGUGAAAGGUGUUCCUCUCACAGUUUUGGGGGCAACUACAAUCGCCAAGUCCCAAAAAAGAGCAUCACUAGAUCUAAGCAAGCAGAUCCCAUGUAGUCUGCUGGGAAGAACCCGGCCCACAUGCAAAAGUAUCAGUUCCUUUCCAAACAGUCCAACACCACCUUUGAAAUGUGCCAGUCAGUCAGAAAAGCCACCUCCACCAGACGCUGCUGCAGGAGCCUUGGUGGGCUCAAUGACCAAUCAGAUUUCAGCCAUUUACCUCACAAGAGAGGGACAGCCAGCCUCCACAUCAGAUUUCUUUCCAUCCCUUUCCUCUCCUUCACCGACACAGGAAUCCCUGCUUGAAGAGACUCAGCCCCCUGCCCCAGAGCAUGCUGCACAGGUGGAUGUAGAAGAAGAGGAGCUGGCUGAUGAGCUUGCCUGCAGUGAUGAUGACAGCUCAUCCAUCACUGGCACUUCAUCCAGAGGGUGCAGCACUCUCCCCUCCAGCAUCGAGGAGCCAAUGUCGUUGGGACCAGGAGACAGUCAAGAAGAGCAACCAGCACUAGUUCCCAGUUUGUUUCCCCGUAUCCCUCCGACCCUCUAUUUCAGCACCGCCAAUGAGAAAGUGGAGCUGCUGCCUGCGGAGCAAAGGCGACUGUUAAAAUGGAAGAUGAGCACCGUAACUCCUAAUAUUGUCAAGCAAACCAUCGCCAGAUCACACUUCAGAGUCACAAAGAAAAGCCAUGACUGGCUGGGCUGCUGGGGACACCACAUGAAAUCUCCUGGCUUCAAAGCUCUUGGAGAACACCAGAAGCUGAACCAUUUUCCAGGAACAUUUCAAAUUGGGAGAAAGGACCGGCUGUGGAGGAACCUAUCCAAGAUGCAAGUCCGCUUCGGCAAACAAGAGUUCAAUUUUUUCCCCCAGACCUUUGUUCUUCCUCAAGACAUCAAGCUGCUCCGCAAAGCCUGGGAGGAAGGGGGCGCCAAACAAAAAUGGAUCAUCAAACCUCCUGCAUCAGCCAGAGGAAUAGGCAUUCAGGUUAUCCACAAAUGGAGUCAGAUGCCUCGUAAAAGACCUCUACUUGUUCAGAAGUAUCUAGAUAAGCCCUACCUCAUCAGUGGGAACAAGUUUGACUUGCGGCUCUACGUCUAUGUGACGUCUUACAACCCACUCAGAAUCUAUAUGUUCUCAGAUGGACUGGUUCGAUUUGCUAGCUGCAAGUAUUCGUCUUCCAUGAAGACUCUGAGUAAUAAGUUCAUGCACCUGACCAACUACAGUGUCAACAAGAAGAACUCUGAAUACCAGACCAACAGCGAUUACAAGGCCUGCCAGGGGCACAAAUGGGCUUUGAAGGCCUUGUGGCAGUACCUUGGGUCAAAGGGAGUCAAUACCACCCUGAUAUGGGAGAAGAUUAAAGACAUCGUGAUCAAAACUAUCAUAGC